CGGUGCGGACGUGUUUGACAGUAAUUCAAAAAUGGGGCAGCGGAGCAGAUAAGAGUGACCGCGGCGGAGUGUGACGAAGGCCUCCAGACACCCCGAAGCUCCCCGAGCUUCUCCGACUCCUCCUGCUUUGUGUCCGUUUGCCUCUUUAGCUUGUUUGUGUGCUGCUCGCGGAGCCUCACGCGCUGAUCGACAAAAACGGGAAUGAAUGAGGACAGCAGGCUGUGAAAAAGUUUCUUUUUUAGGCUUUGAUCUUCGUGAGGGCAGAAACCAGUGAGCCGAGCCCCUGAGGAGUGAGUCCUCUCGCGGUCACACGAUCUUCGGCGCUAGCUACACACAGCUACAGCUAACGGGGACCAGCGGACCGAGCGGCGGCUCCUCGCUUCGGUAUGAUGCCCGGUGACAGCAGUAUGGCCUCCCUGGUUCAGAGGAUAGCUCGGCAGGCUCUCGUCACCUUCAGGAACACACCCGCGGUGGGCGACGAGGCUUCCAAGUCCUUCCUGGAGAACCACGGCAAGCUCCGGAGCCUGAUGUCGGAAGUGCGGGCUGCCGACCUGAAGCUCGUCCCGCGGAGAGCCGAGGACGGCGACGCGCCCCCUGCUCAGCACCCAUAUCACCGCGGUGCGCCCCCGGUCACCUACAUGCACAUCUGUGAGACGGACCAGUUCAGCAUGGGGGUGUUCCUGCUGAAGAGCGGGGCCUCUAUCCCGCUGCACGACCACCCGGGCAUGCACGGCGUGCUCAAAGUCAUGUACGGGAAGGUCCGGAUAAGCUGCUUCGACCGGCUCGAGCGACCGGGCGGGGGCGGGGACGCGCUGCCCCGGGCGGAGAUGGGCGCUCUGCGGCGCUACGUGCUUCGCUCCAUCGGGGAGUACACGGAGGAGAGUGGACCCUGCGUCCUCUCCCCCGACCGGGACAACCUCCACCAGAUUGACGCCGUGGAUGGGCCCACAGCUUUCAUGGACAUCUUAGCCCCGCCGUACGACCCGGACGACGGCAGGGACUGUCACUACUACAAGGUGCUGCCCGGGGACGGGGUCAAAGACUCGGAGCAGACGGAGAAGGAGGUCUGGCUCAUGGAGAUCUCGCAGCCUCCGGAAUUCUGGUGCGGAGGGGAGCCGUACCCGGGCCCGGAGGUGUGCCUCUGAUCCCCCCUCCACCCUCCCGGAGCCCUGCAGCCUGGCUGGAUCCACAAAGGAUCUCCACAGUCAUCAUCAGAGCCGCCAGCAGGCGCAGAGUAAAGGGCCAAAUGUGGGAUUAAAUUGUGGUAAAAGGUAGAAAUGAUGCAUCAGCCCUGCAGCACACACUCUGGAGCGUGAAUUUUAUUCACCCCAGCUUCUGCUUCAGUUGGACAAACAUCGGAGCCUCAGGCAACAGUAAACGACUUCCUGCCUGUGCUGUGAUCCCCGUGGAUGUGACGGUCAGGAACCCACAUCUGAAUCAUUCUGUUGAUGUGCUGACUUUCAGGAAGUAGUUUUAUUUUUAAAAACUGAGGCUCUUUACUCUACAGAGACUGCAGUUAAGCCAGAGUCUGUCCUGAAACCUGACUGAAGCUCAUAAACCUCUCCCGGAAUUUAUAUUUACUCUGCUCAGUGACACUAACCUGUAUGGAGGACCCCAGCUGCCCAAAUCACACACAAAUCCAUUGUUGAAUCGACAGUUUUCUUGUUUCCAGGCUGUCAAAAUGGGGGAAAAAUAGAUGUGCAGGACUGAAACGACCACAGUGAAAUCCAGCCAAUAAGCCUUAAUGCAUCAAUAAGUUUAUUAAUAGUCCAUGGGCAUAGAUGAAUAUUGGAUUCAUAAAAUUUAAUUUACUGCUGUAUAAUAAAAUAAUUCUCCCAUUUCGUUACCUUCCCAGUUAUUCGUUUAUAAAAGUGUUUAAAAUGAUUUAAAAUUGGUAUAGAGUUCUAGGUAAUACGCUAAUUUGUGAUUCGCCAUUAAAUAUGUAGGAAUAUGAGCAUCAGAAAACUCCAUGUUGUUUGUAUGCAUUGCUAACUCUUCAAAGAAUGUAUAGAUAAAUAAGGGAUUAAAGAGAUUCUAGGCCAAAGGUUUGACUAUGAAGGAAAACAUAAAAAGAAAUAUAAAAAAUAAAGUAAAAUAAUGCAGAAGCAACUUAGCUGUGAAAGUAUUAAAUGACCCAAUAAUACAUGUUAGUAUUUUAAUUAUCUAUUAAUUUAUAAAUGAGCAGGUGGUGGAUAAAUAAUUUAAAUUUAAAUAUUUAUUCUAUAAAGUGACAGUUUUUGUUUUCUUAUUAUUUUGUUAAUCAUUUUCUUUUCUUUGUUUCCAAAUUUUGUUUUUGUAAAAUCAAAAUGUUUGUGAUGUUAACUUUUUGAUUUCGGUGGAUUGAUGCCAAAAUAGAAAAUGAAUUUAAAAAGGACAGAAAGAGGUUAACUGCACAAAUUUGUGUUUUUGGCGGCUUCAGUCUUCCAUAAAGUGUUGAAUCUGAAUCUGACCGACAGCUGUUUCGUUACAGUCACAUCUGGACUGAUUUUCAAAGGUAAAAUCAGACCAGGUGUUUUUAUUUCACACCUGAAAGUUGAUAAUGGUGCGUUUGAGAAAAGUCUGGAAUUUUCUGCUUUCAUUUUGACUGAAUUUUUCAAUAAUACUAACAAUAACAAUAAUAAUUGGGAUGUUUUAAUACACGUCAGUACUUCAUGUCCUUCAGUCGGAGGACCUCACUGGUAGUGAGUGACUUGCGGUGUUUAUUCAAAAGAAGGUUUCAGGUACAGGAACAACUACAGAGGACUGUAACUGCUGAAAUAAUUACUUAUUAGGAACAAAACCAUAUUGGAAACAAAUGCAAGCAUUAAUUACACUUUUAUGAACUUAAUUAUGUUCACUUUGGUUUUCUUUAUUAACCAACUUUAAAUAUUUUCCUUUCCUCUUGUCACUUGAUUUAUUUCCCCAAAUAUCUUUUAUUUUUACUUUAUUUUUUUUUUCUACUGUUCUGCUUCAGCUAAACCAUCUGAAACAUACAAAUAAUAAAACUGUAAAACUGCCUAAAUCACAAAUGAACAUAUCAGUGGUAAACAUUUAUACUUUUGCCCAAAGCAGAAAUAAAAUGAAAAAUGAAUUAGGGGGUAAUGUACUUUAAAAUAAAUAAGUACUGCUAAUUGAAAUAAAUACAGUAAUAAAUAGAAAUCAGUUCAUUUAUGUCCAUGUAGCAUUAAUAUUCACUUUGAUGGCUUUAUUAGCAAAUGUAUAAUACCAUAAUGUAAUUUAUAUUUUUGGCUUCUCUGGUUCUCCGUACACGUGUACCCAGCCGCUACCAUGUAUUACUCUCCGCAUGAGGGGAAGCAAAAACGUCCCAGGCUCCUGGCUGCUCCUUGAAAGCAGCACUGAAGGACCACUGCAGGACCCUGCUGAUGUCUCUUUACUCGUCUUCCUGCUUCAGGCUUUGUGACGUCAGAGCUUCGGGUCUCUUUUGAAGACUGAAAUCUCGUAAAGCUGCAGAUUUUCUCGUGUUAGGACUCUUUACGCCGUCGCCGCCUUUUCUUCUUCUUCUCCUUUCUGAGAGACUCCUCAGGACUGUGUUCAUGUUUGUAUCUCCGAUUGAAAGAUGUGCACUAAAUCGAGUUUAUCAGCACAAAGUGUCUUUAAGAGAAAUGUCAGAAAAUGUCCAUGUGAUUACAAAAUAAAGAGAAAAGAAAUCUGUUCAUCCUUAA